CUCAACGUCCGUUCACCGGAUUCUCACUCCGGCAUCUUCAUCUUCCAUAAUACACGCACAAUUACACACACAAUUACACGCACAUAUAUACGUAUACUACUCUGGUUUCUAGUUGUUAGAAACCUUCUGAAAGUGAUCCAUCAUUCGGAAUGGCUGCGACGUCGGGAAUGCUGUUGGAAUGGGAACAGCAACAGGCGGUUCAAGAAACGAUUUAUCGAACGAAAACAAUCGAGUUCUUCGGAAGACGUACUCCGAUCAUAAUUCAGAGCAGAAACGGACCGUGUCCUCUUCUAGCUGUUUGCAACAUCCUGUCGCUGAGAAAUGAAUUGGGUCUGAGCACAGACGAUACUCUUAUAACAGAGGCGCAAUUGCUAACACUUGUGGCCGAUAGUCUAAUCGCUUCACUCAAUCACCAUGAGAAUGUAAAGGCUAUACCUGCUACAAUAGAUGUACUGCCACUUCUUACAAAAGGCUUAAAUGUGAACGUUAAAUUCAAGAAGAUUGAUGAUAUCGAGUUCAAAAGGGAGUGUCCGGUAUUUGGUAUAUUAGACAUUCCGGUAUAUCACGGUUGGAUUAUAGAUCCACAGGAUAUCGAAACUUCAAAUGCCAUUGGCUCAAAGUCGUAUGAUAGGCUGAUGGAGGAUCUUACGGAUCUACAGAUUCGAAAUAUGAGAACUCUUUCUAUGAAUACUAGAGAUCCUGAGAAUCAUGAAAGUGACGAAGUAGUGAAAGAAACAGAUACGUCGGGUGGUGAGUGUAGCGGAUCAAGGAUCAGGCGCGAUGGUGAUUGGGUAACUUUCGGUGGAACAACGUCAAAUGAAGCAAGCUCAUCUGCAGUUAAUAUCGUUCGUGGAUCAGCGAUAGAGAUGACGGAAAUUAUAUCCGGUUCUUCAACUUCAACAUCUAACGAGAAUGAAGAUGAGGUUGGAAUUACUGCAAGACAAGGGGAACUGAUAAAAAACUUUCUCGAGAACAAUGCGAGUCAGUUAACUGUGCACGGCUUAUAUUGCUUGAUAGAUGGUAUAAAAGAUCGCGAACUUUGUGUGUUAUUUCGCAAUGAUCACUUCAGUACGAUGUUCAAGUUUGAAGGUGCACUGUACACUUUAGUUACAGAUCUUGGUUACAUAUAUGAAAAUGGUGUGAUAUGGGAAAAGCUAAGUGAGGUGAAUGGUAAUACAGUGUUUGUGGACAAGAACUUUAGGGUUUACGAGCUGGAGAUAGAAGAGUGCACAUGGGAUGAUGAGAUUUUGAAGAGAAAGAAUGAUGCUUAUCUUGACAGAGUUGAGUAUACAGAACGACGAGGGAGCUCAGGCACGAAUUUAGAUGACAGUUAUGAUCCGCUACUUGCUACACGCUUUCGACAACUAGUUCUACAGGGAAAGCAUUUACGGGAAAAACAGUUGCUACAUGAUUCGCCUGAACAUUUCCCUAGGGGGUUUAUUGUGGGUCCCGAGCCUGCAGAAUAUUCGGCAUGGCAAAGGAAACAGUCGAAGAAAUCAUCGAAGAAACAAAUAAAGAAACGGUUGAAGGAGAAGUGCAAGGUGAUGUGAAUCUAGAGGUUUGGACUGUAUAUGUUUGCACUAUAUUUUGAAUGAUUUUAGAUUGAAAUUCAUUUUACUGUAAGUAAUAUAGAGUGACAUGAUGACUGUGUGGCAUAUUGUAUCAUAUGCAUAGAAUGUCGUAAAGAUGUAUACAGUUUGAGGAAUCUCUUGUGCAUAAGUUUCUAACCAUUUUUUUUUUCAGUAA